AGCACAGCAACCAUGUCAAUGAGGUUCCUUUCAUUAUUUGCCUGCAUAUCCUUAGCGUUUGCGCUACCACAGACACAAGUCUCUGGAGGAAACAGCUACAAUAUUUCUAUUUUAAGCCCUACCAGCGAUAUCCCUGGUACCACUCCUCCCACCACUGGCUCUCCAACCUCGGCUGCCGCCACAACCUCUGCUACCAGCACUGGAGCAACCGACUCUCCUACCCCAACCUUCGUUGCGGGUAAGACUACUGUGGAAGAUCUUUGGGCUCAGAUUGAAAAAUAUAGUCCUGUCCUCGUGGCUGCCAAAAGCAACUUGACAGACAGUACGAAAUUUGAUCUGCCUCCGAAUCCACCAACAUUUCUUCCUUCCUACCUAUCAGAGAACACCAAAGGUCUAAAAUUUCCAAAGGGGUUCAGGUACGGUGUUGCCUCGGCUGCCACACAAGUUGAAGGUGCUGCAAAAGAGGAUGGAAAGGGACCUUCUGUUUGGGACUAUGGCCCGCAUGUUUAUCCCGACCUCUACCUUGGUGCACCUGAUGUGACAGACGAUUUCUAUCACCGCUAUGUCAACGAUUUUGCUCGUCUCAAGGCCAUGGGAGUCAACACUUUUUCGUUGUCUCUCUCCUGGACUCGCAUUUAUCCUCUUGGUAGUGGGCAAGUCAAUGAGGCCGGACUAAAAUUUUAUGACAAGGUUAUUGACGAAGCUAUUAAGAAUGAUAUUCAGCCUAUCGUUACUCUGUUCCACUGGGAUACGCCACUAGCUCUUUCGGCACAAUACGGCUCAUUCAUGUCAAUGAAUAUCACGGAUGAUUUUAAUAAUUACGCUGAGACCGCUUUCCGUCGGUACGGAGACCGGGUAAAGGUGUGGAUUACUUUCAACGAACCAAGAGUGUUCUGUUCACAAACAGCAGGCAACCCAUAUAACCUCAAUUUCCCAAGCGGCAUUAAUGCCACCAAUGCACCUUACCACUGCUCUCACAAUCUUCUGGUGGCUCACGGAAAAGCCGUGAAGACUUAUCGAAGCCUAGUAAAAGAAGGAACCAUCAAGGCUGGACAAAUUGCAUUUAAAGGUGACGAUAAUAAGCCUACUCCUUGGUCCAAUAGCCCAGAGGAUAUCGAGGCAUCCAACCGCCACGCCGACUUUUUCAUUGGUAUCUUUGCUAAGCCUGUGUACAUUGAUGGUGAUUACCCAACUACCUGCAAAGAAACUCUUGGUUCCUUCUUGCCAGAAUUGACACCAGAAGAACAAAAAUUGAUCAAGGGAUCGGCUGACUUUUACGCUCAAGAUUUGUAUCGCAUCAACACCGCAAAGGCUGCACCUAAUGGAAUCAAGGCAUGUGCUGGUAACGUUACGGAUCCCAACUGGCCGGCUUGUCAAGAUGGCAGGGUAGAAUACAGUUCCGGUGCACCUGGUGGUUGGGGAUAUGGACAACAAGCUGAUCCUAGAUCCAACUGGCUGGUUAACUCCUGGUUUGCUAUUCGAGAACAACUUAAAUAUUUGUCAAAGACUUAUCCUACCAAAGGAGGACUUUACAUCAGCGAAUUUGGAUGGGCAGAAGCAUUUGAAAACCAGCGCACUGAGCAAUACCAAAUUGUUUCCGAUUACGGUAGAGAAACGUAUUACAGGGACUACUUGAAUGAAUUCUUGUUGUCAAUCCAUCAGGAUGGUGUUGACUUACGAGGAGUCUUUGCCUGGUCGCUCUACGAUAACUAUGAAUGGGCUCUUGGCUUGACUCAAAAGUUUGGUUUACAGUAUGUUAACUUCACCGACCCAGCUCUUCCUCGUCACUUCAAGAGAUCGUUUUAUGCCAUGCGAGACAUCAUGCAGCAUCACCUUCAACCUGAAGACUUCAACAAAUGAUAAUCAAAGGAUAAGAGAUACCUAUACGGCAUAUAUAGACAUCGAUUCUCAUUAAACGUGAAAAUAUAAAUAUCAAUUUGGCUCAAAAAUUUAU